GCCCAGGAGCGGCCGCUCUCCUCGGAUCAGCCCGCGGCCGUCGCAGCGCAGGCCCGCCCGGAGGAGGACGGUUCUCCGGCCUGGGAUCUGACUCUCCUCUCCCCGGCGAGAGCGCAGCCUCCCCCGGCCUCCGCGCUGUGAAAACAUCGGGGCUGGUCAGCGGGUGGGAGAGAGAAGGAGAGAGAGAGCGAGCGAGCGACAGAGGGAGAGAGAGAGAGACGGAGAGAGGAGGCGAUCGUCGCGGAAAAAAAGAGGUGUCUGGCUUUUCUUCUUCCUCCCCCCUCCUCCUCCUCCUCUCCUCCCCGGCCAUGAGGGAGUACAAAGUGGUCGUGCUGGGGUCGGGCGGAGUCGGCAAAUCCGCGAUCACCGUCCAGUUCGUGACGGGCUCCUUCAUCGAGAAGUACGACCCCACGAUAGAGGACUUCUACCGGAAGGAGAUCGAGGUGGACUCGUCCCCCUCCGUGCUGGAGAUCCUGGACACGGCGGGCACGGAGCAGUUCGCCUCCAUGCGGGACCUGUACAUCAAGAACGGCCAGGGCUUCAUCCUGGUCUACAGCCUGGUGAACCAGCAGAGCUUCCAGGACAUCAAGCCCAUGCGGGACCAGAUCAUCCGGGUGAAGCGGUACGAGCGGGUGCCCAUGAUCCUGGUGGGCAACAAGGUGGACCUGGAGGGGGAGCGGGAGGUGAGCUCCGGGGAGGGCAAGGCGCUGGCCCAGGACUGGAGCUGCCCCUUCAUGGAGACCUCCGCCAAGAAUAAAGCCUCGGUGGACGAACUGUUCGCAGAGAUCGUCCGACAGAUGAACUACUCCACUGUCCCCAGCGGUGGAGACAAGUGUUGCUCCUGUGUCCUGUUCUGAAGACAAGUCAACAAACAGGAACCCGAGCUCAAGAAGUGUUUCCCUCUCUCCUCACACUGUUGUCUUACUGUUGCACACACACACACAAAACCGAGAAGAAACCUAACAACGACAACAAUCGACGAUGUAUCAUAGUCUGGAAAAGUGUUUACAUGACAAAGUACUUGAAUGUUUUGGGGGAUUUUUUUUUCUUUUUAUAGCUUUGUAUAUGACACUUCUCUGGAAAUGUGCCUCAAUGGGAAUGUCUUAUUGUGAAACCUAAGAGACACGCGUUUUUCCGUUUCUCUCCUUUCUUCUGUUCGUGGUUUUAUCUGUUGAGUUGUACUGGGUCAUCUUCACCUUGGAGCUGGGUGGUGUUGAUGACGAUGAUGAUGAUGAUGGUGGGGGGUUACUAAACCCUGUUAUUAGGCCUCGUCAUAUUUCAAAUCUCUCAAAUCCAAUCUACAGGUGCAGACCCUCCCACUAAGAUGCUGUAUUUUGAAGCUGUGGAUUGUGGUGGAGUUGUGUAACGCCUACAUAUCUUUUA